AUGGGUAAAUUAUAUUACUGUUCAACAGUUUGGUCAAAUACGAGUUCUUCAAAUAUUAAGAAACUGCAAGCCGUCCAAAAUUUUGCGUGCAGAAUUAUAGCUAAUGGGAAAAAAAUUGAUCAUAUUACACCAAUCCUUAAAGAUAUUGGUUGGCUCCCUGUUAAAGAACACCUGUUGUUCAAAGAUUUGGUCAUGAUCUACAAAUGUAUAAAUAGUCUCGCUCCAAAAUAUCUGUGCGACCUAUUUCUUAAACGUCAGGAACUAAACAAUCGCGCCACAAGAAACAAUGAAGCACUACAUAUUCCCCUAUUUUCAACCACCACAGGACAAAGAAGUUUUCGAUAUAGAGCUGUUGGGUUAUGGAAUAGUUUAGACAAUGAGUUGAAAAAACUCCCAUUAGCAACAUUUAAAAUCAAAUUAAAAGAGUUCUUACUAAAUCGAUAUUUUGAAACUUGA